UAAAACGAACCUGGAGUCAGAGAAGACGAGAGAAUCCGCUCUGUGGAUUUUCGCCGCAGCCUUCUCAGCUUUGGAAAAAGAGGACACAAACAAGCAAACAAACAAACAAAAACAAACAUUUUUGUCUUUGUGUCUCCACAAAACCACAUCCGGUGGAAGAUAUAUUCGCGAAAGAAGAGUGAAAACAACGUUUGAAUGGCAACGAGUGUAGGACUGGCUAUGAAUCCGCCGCAUGCGACAGAAGAGAGGGCGGUUUUCACGCAGCUGAAGCCGGUGAGGAUGUCCGGGGCGGACGGAGCCGAGGACGCGUCCGUGUUCGAGGACGUCAAACCCAUGACUCGGCUAGAGUUGGACAAAUACCUGCCACACAUCAACAGUCCACUCCUGACUUGCUCUCCCGACAUGACCGACAAAAAGUACAGGCGGGACAGCGCGUCCGUCGUGGACGAGUACUUCUCCGAGGAGAAACCCAUGACUCCCUACAGUCUCAACAUCAACCUCAUCCUCCCCAGCACCACCCAUCUCCGCACGGGCCUCUACAGACCCAACACCAAGACCCUCACGCCCCAGCAGAUCAAGACAGAACCCGGGCUGGAAGUCCCCUGCUCCAUCUCCAGCGCCACCACCCAGGCCUUACCAGACUUCACCUCCGUCUUCAGCGUGCCGCCAGUCGUCAACAAUGUUUUCAUCAAACCGGACAUGAGCUCUGCAGGAGUGGCCACCGCAGUAUCUCAGCAGCAGCCAAACUUGGACACAGAGCUACACAUCGGACCGCCUCCGCCUCAGCCGCAGGUCUACCACAUGCCCAUCUCCACCUGCGGGGACCUCCCGCUGUCGCACACCAGCUCCUCCACACACGCCUCCUCAAGCAGCAGGACCAUGCUCACCCUCGGGAGUGUUGCGAUGCCCACAAGUAACGGACACUACAUGAUGGCAGAACACCAGGUCCCACAGCAGCAGCAGCAGCAGCACGGUUACUACCAGGUCUCGCCCAAUUCUUCCCAGCACACAGCGCCCCACAGCCUCCCGCCCUCACCUCCCAACUCCCAGCCCGGGAGCCCCGACGGCCAGGCGGAGCUGCUCAGCUUAGCGUCCCAACCGCCGCCGCCUUACCAGCAGCGGCUGGGUGGGAUGAAGGUGACGGGGUUGUCGCCGCACGCCAUGCUGAUGACGCACGGCCAGGGCGUCCUGACGGGUCCGAAAUAUAACCGACGGAACAACCCGGAGCUGGAGAAGAGGAGGAUCCACUUCUGUGACUACCCAGGCUGCACCAAAGUUUACACAAAGAGUUCUCAUCUGAAGGCGCACCAGAGGACACACACAGGUGAGAAGCCGUACCGCUGCACGUGGGAGAACUGCGACUGGCGCUUUGCCCGGUCGGACGAGCUCACCAGACACUACCGGAAACACACCGGCGCCAAACCCUUCAAGUGCAUCGCCUGCAGCCGCUGCUUCUCACGCUCCGACCACCUGGCCCUGCACAUGAAGCGCCACCAGAACUAAACGCAGUCACACCUGUACAUACACACAACCACACACACACACGUGCACAAUCAGUGCAGUAUUUGAAUAUCAACAGCCACUUGAAACGUAACAGCAGUCAUUAUGAACUGAUCCUGAACUGAAAUCAUCUCUGUGCGCUGGUGUUUUUACCUGGUGCUACAUGCUAACAGAUGUUGACUGACAGCAGGAUUCCCAGUGUAUGAAAUAAUCAUGUUUUCGCUGCUCCGUCUACUUCCUGGUUAACGUUCUUGUGGAAGGAACCGAGGGAGACACAGUUUGCCGUCUUCAAACUCUUUAUGAUCGUUAGCCUAUUAGCGUCACACUUUAUGGAAAUUGGGUCGUGGUAGUUGCAAACAUUGCUGCUUAACAUGUUGUUACAGCAGCCAAAUAUACAUAUAUAUAUAUAUACAUAAUCAGGGUUCCGUGGGGGCCUUGAACGUUUGUGAAUGUGACACAAAAAGGUUCAAGGCCCUUGAAGGCUUGGUGUCAAAAUUACUUGCCAUGUUGUGGACACUGUUACCCUCCCAUCUUAAGCUGUGUCAGGACAUUCAGUCCUUGAAUUUAUGAGAACUGGUCCUGGAAAUUCAUUGAAUUUGAUGUCAGCCAAGGUGCGGGAACCCUGUGUUUUGUAACUCAACCACGGACCCUAACCAUUCUGUGAAAUCCAUCAAAAAAGUUUGUAUCGUCUGCCUCGCACACGGACACAGAUUUGUGUGGACAGGAGGCGUUAGCGCCUGAAUGUUCCCAUUUUUUCCCUCUGUGAGAUAAACGCUGAUCACCUGCUUUCAGUCAACACGGCGUCAUUAACACCGGAGCUAAUCAUCAACCAGAGCUCAGAGAUGAUUUUAGUGUUUGAUUUAAAGAACAUGCACUCAUUAAAUCACCCAAAACACACACACGUCAUCAUCAAUCAGUGAAACUGCGACGCUGGACUCUUCAUCACGUCCCGGACUCUGUCCUCCGCAGCAAAAUCAACAAAAAAGCAACAAAAUGAACUCGUUUCACGACAAAUCUGCUGCCAACGCCAUCGCCAUCUUGUAUCAUUUUUGAGGUAUGAACUUUCAAGGAGAGGUGGAAAUACCUCUGUAAAUAUCUGUUAAUAAUGUGUGUGUGUGUGUGUGCGUGAGAGCGAGAGAGAAUACAACGAAUGUAUUGAGAUUUAUACUUGACAUCCUUUUGUUUGUUUGCCUUUUCCCUCUUUUUUUUUUUUUUUUACAUCCAAUGUUAAUGAGUCAUUUUCCAUGUCCCUCACGCUAUAAUCUCCCCUUUCAAAAUAAAAGAGUAAACAGAUAAUCAACAAUCACGAUCGCAGAGAACUCUCCAUGGAAAAGUUAAUCAUCGCCUUGUUACGCCCGUUUCAGCACAAGUAAUACCUGUCGAGCUCAGAGCGUCAAGCACUCUGCCAAUGUUUGUGUCCAUGACACUACCCGUUGCCCCGGCGACCGACCUCCUUUGAUGGCGGUUUGCGGUUAUGCUUGUAGUUUCUAUUCAGCUUUCUUUUCUUCUCUUUCUCCCUCCCCCUCCCCUCUUUCUCUCUCUCUCCUGUAUUUGCUCAACACUUGAGCUGAAGGGGAAAGAGAGAGAUGGGUGUGGACACACUGUAACGUCUGACGUAGUCACUCCUGAUUCUGUUCUGACGAAGCGCAGUGCAACGGGACUCAGAUUGCAGUUGGAGUCGUGUUUGACAUGCGUGAAUAGCAGGUAAACGUUCGCCUGAUUACGUGACAUUAACUGUGACAUUAACCUGCGUAUUUUUCAGCCCGCACAUUUUUGUGCAGUGGUGCAGAUUUUGUUUUGUUUGACAUGAGCCAAGCUUUUUGCAAAGAUUCUUUGACAGUUGGACUCAUUGACCUGAAACAAACCCGUCUCUGUGUUUGGGGCAAAUUUGACCAAGAAAUUAAUUGAAAUUUAACUAAUUUGUACAUUUUCUGACUGAAUAAUCGACAAAAAAAGAUUUCAAGCCAAACUUUUCUCUACAGCGACAGCCUUCUUCAGGUCCAGUGUAAAGAAUUUAGGGCGAUUUAUCACCGUAGAAUUGAUGUAGUGUUUAAAUCUUUUCAUUCAGCCACACAGUCCUUAAUUUCAAAAUGAACAGUAUAGGUAGAGAAUAGGCAAUAAAAAGAUUAAAAUACAAGAUCACAGAUCGACAUACAAGACUUCAGUUGAGAAAUAAGAUGAGCCUUAACCUUAAAAUAUGUAAUAAUGAAAUAAUAACUUCAAAAAUAACUUUGUUUUCAGUUGGGUAUAAAACAAAGCUUGUUUUUCUUAGAUUAAGGGUUUUAUACGACACUAGGAGCAAGACUUUGUGGAUUUUGUCCACAAUUUUUGUACGUUAGCCCAGAAUGGACAAAUCGAAGACUCUAAAGCGCUUUAAAAAGUGCUCUUUUAAUGUUUUUAUGAUACCUGAAGCUCAUUGUAGUAGUACUUUUCUUAUGUACACAGGUGUUUUCAGUUGGUUGCAAUACACAGUAUCACUCCUAGAUGCCACUAAACUCUACUAACUGGUCCUCUAACUCCUCAGGGUGCGUAACAUUUACAUCGGAAGUUGGAACCUCGGAGUUUACUGUGUUCACGUAAAACCUAUCUAGGGUUUUUUUGAAAUGCCAGUCACUAACAACACUUAACAUGAUGUUUUCAACACAUAAACAUCGUAGGAACGACUGAUUUACCGAAGUGUAACUGACAGAAAAAUUUGACAAGAGUUUUUACGAUGAACAUGAGGGACGGCCAUCUUGGAAUCCUAUGCCAGGGUAUGCUCCAAACUUCUUAGCUCGAAAUGUUCGACUUUUGGCUACAACUGGAAUAUGGCUGCAACAAUGAAUCGAUUGUUAAUCGAUUACUAAGUUAUAAAUGAUUCAUCUGUGGGUUUUGUCAUUACUGGUCAACAUUUUCGGACAUUACUCGAAAACAGAUUAAUCGAUUAUGAAAGAAAUUGUCAGUUGCAGCCCUAAACUGGAACGAACCAUUAGAUGAACAUGUAACAAAAAAAACAGGGUUGAAUCAAAACCCAGAAAAUCAAACCAACAAAAACAUGUUCCACUUGUCCAGGUUUACAUUUUAACACCUCCUACUACUUUAAGAAAAGAAAAAACGGUUUCACAUCGAGACACUUGUGUUUUGAUUGAUUGUAUUGAUUUGCGGUCUGAUCCUGUUGACACUGCGCUGAGGCUGUAGCAUCAACCCACGCUUUUACUUCACACUUUAAAUCAACGACGGCGUUGAUCGACGCGUACCUGGCCGGCAUGAGCGGAAACAGAAACCCCUGAUUUCUUCAUUUUCUUUCCUCUGUCUCUCUCAGAGAGGCAGCACUGACCACCACGUCCUGUAAAUACGUGUCUCUUCACAGAAGACUUUGUAAAUAUUUGUUUGGUUUUAAUAUUUUCCUAUUAUAAUAAUAAUAAUAAUAAUAUUUUGUUUUCCUUUUUUUUAACUAAUGGGAUUUUAGAUCGGUUUCAUGUGAGCGCUUGUUUAAUUUCGUUUGGUUUUGAUACGUCAUGUAUAAGAGAAUUUAUCAGUUUUAUGUAAAAUGAAUGAGAACAACAAUGGUUUGAUAUUAUUUUUGUUUUCUGUUUGUGCAAAAUGCUGCAAUGAGAUAAUAAAGAUUUUUGAAAUAA